AUGGAACAACCAAAGUUGGCAAAGGUCAAUAAGAUUUUGGGACGUACUGGCAGCCGUGGUGGUGUCAUCCAGGUCCGCGUCGACUUCAUGGGUGAGACCGGCUGGGAGGGCCGUACUUUGAUCAGAAACGUCAAGGGCCCAGUUAGAGAAGGCGACAUUUUGGCUCUCUUGGAAACCGAAAGAGAAGCCAGGAGGUUGCGCUGA